AUGGGAGAAGAGUCCAUGGUGGUGGGGCCCAAUAGCACGAGGUGGGGCACGUGGGAGGAGCUAAUCCUAGGUGGCGCUGUUUUGAGGCACGGUACCCAAGACUGGAACGUCGUCGCUUUAGAGCUUCAAGCCCGGACCAUAUACAUUUUCACCCCAGAGGCCUGCAAAGCGAAGUAUGAACAGUUGCAAAAGCAUUAUUCUGGAUGCUCUGUUUGGUUUGAAGAGCUACGAAAGCGACGAGUGGCAGAGUUGAAGCGGGAUUUGGAGAAAUCUGAAGACUCCAUUGGGUCUCUUAAAUCAAAGCUUGAAAGUCUUAAGACUGAGAGAGAGCAUUAUGAUCAGGUUGAAUAUGGAUCGAGUCAAACAGAAUCACCUGUACCUAUACUAAAAUCUGAGGGCAUUGAAUUUUGGGUUAAAGAGACAUCCAAAGAUGGACUAUCUGCUGGCAGCUUCACACAAGAUGCCCAGACGAACUGGUCACUUGUAUGUCAGAUUCCACCAGUAGAAUCAAAUGCAGAGAUGGAGAGAAAGCCUGAGUUUUCUGGAUCUUGUGAACAUGAGAAUCUUUUAUGCAUAAAGAAGCCGGGGGAGGCUAAUAAUGAACAAGAAGGGCCUGUCCGGAAGAGGAGAGGUAAAAGAAAAAGGAAGGACUGUAAGAGGGCUGCCAAAGAAGGGAGCAUUGGAGAGAGCGACAAUGUGGGUUCAACCAAUGUUGCUUCCACUUCACAAUGCAAGGAAAUUUCAGUUAGUGACUGUGGUCGAACUAUCAGAUCUUCUGGUCUAGACAGUGACAACAAAGAUUCGUAUGGGGUAAGAAGUGACGAUUUGUUGGGGAUUUUCUACUCUGUUGCUGUGAAUGACAAUGCCUUAGUAUUUCGACAUAAGCUCGAUAGUCAGAAGAGGGCAAGAUACAGGAAGAUCAUCAAGCAGCACAUGGAUUUUGACACAAUAAGAUCAAGAAUUGCAAGUGGCUCCAUCAAAUCAGCUGGAGAACUCUUCCGAGACUUGCUCUUGCUUGCCAACAAUGCCCUGGUCUUCUACUCAAAAAGAACACGCGAAUACAAAACUGCACUGGCCCUCAGAGACAUUUUCAUGAAAGCUAAUCAGAAACGCUGCAAGGACACUGGCAACAAGGCUUCCUCUUCCAUCCUAUAUAUGUCACCAUUGUGUAAUCCUCCUGUGAAACCUCGGAGUUUUCGCCCUCACCCUUGUAAACGGACAUUGUCAGCAAAGUUUCCAAAUGCUGAGAAUGUCACAACUGAAGCUCCACAAGGAUAUCAAAAACCAGUUAAUGAUGAUUCCAAUCUCUUACUGCAGUCCUUGGUGAUGGUAAAGAAAGGCUUGGGUCGGCCCAUGAAGAUUGGACAUGGAAUAGCUAAUCGACAUAAAAAUCCAAUGAAGGACAGAAAAAGAGUUCGACAAAGGUGAAUUGUGUCUAUUAAUUUCCUUCCAUUUAGGUUCCACAUUUGGUAUUGUGCCCUUCAUAUGAUCUUUUGUGUGUACAAAGUCUCUUUUCUGGGUGGUACCAACUGCAUGAUCUCAUUGUGAUGGUCAAAUGAGCUGGGCUGUG